AUGUCUAAACUUCUUGUUAACACCCUUAGUUUGGGUACUAUUGGCGGUACAGCCUUAUAUUUCUGGGGGAAAUCAUCAACACCGACUACUCCAGUCCAGUCUCCCAAUUUGCCUGCCCCAAUCACCAGCCCAUCUGGGACCGUAUUCGAUCCAUCUUCGAUCAACCCACAAGGAUUUUUCAAGUUUGGGUUUCCUGGUCCAAUCCAUGAUUUGGCCAAUAGAACUGAGUUUGUCAGUUGUUAUGAUAGAUCUACAAGAAACCCGUAUUGGGUCAUUGAACAUAUAACGAAGGCCUCAUUAGCCAAGGCAGAACUGAAUGGUGAUAGAAAAAGAUCAGUCUUUAAAGAAGAUGAGGCAAUUCCCUUGAAAUUCAGAAACCGGUUACGUGAUUAUUUCCGUAGUGGGUUUGAUCGUGGACACCAAGCGCCUGCAGCUGACGCUAAGUUCAACCAGUUGGCUAUGGACGAAACUUUCUAUUUGACUAAUAUGUGCCCACAAGUAGGCGAUGGAUUCAAUCGUGAUUAUUGGAGUCAUUUUGAAGACUUUGUGAGAAGGUUGACCAACAAGUACGAUGACGUUAGAGUUAUGACUGGGCCUUUGUAUUUGCCGAAAUUGGGUGCUGAUGGAAAGUAUAGGGUGACUUACGAAGUGAUUGGCUCUCCCCCAAAUAUAGCUGUCCCAACACAUUUUUUCAAAUUGGUUGUUGGUGAAACGCUGGGUUCGGAAAAAAUCAGCUGUGCUGCGUUUGUUUUACCGAACGACGUCAUAGAUAAUAGCACCCCGUUGACCUCUUUCCAGGUACCAGUAGAAGCAUUGGAAAGAUCAAGUGGGUUAGAUUUGUUACAAAAAGUUCCUUACUACAACAAACAGGACUUGUGCAAGCAAGUUAAAUGUGAAAUCAUUGUUAGAGAGUUUCCAAAACAAGUUGACAAAGUAUUAGGUUUACCUGCUGGAAAAACAUAG